AGUAAUACUUGUCAUAAUUCUUUUGCAGAGUAUGAAAUUACUGUUGCAUAUUUUCUUAAGGUCCGGAGCAGAACCGAGUCUUAACGGGAAUUCUUUACUAGUCACCUAUGAAGCUCCUGAUCCUGAAGUUGCGCUUUUGCAAUGAAGAAAAGGAGACGGCUCGCUGCAACUCUAAAUGAAAAGGUUCGUCUUGGCCAUGAGAAAGAUACUUCAGAACAGAUUCUUGUAGUGGACUGUGCACAAGAAAUUGUCUCCAAGUCUGCAGAAGUAGCUCCUGCAGAUCAGCUCGAAUCUUCCCAAGAACUUCCACCGUCACCUGAACAAAGAAAGCUCCUAAGCUCAUUGCAGUAUAACAAAAAUCUACUUAAAUACUUAAAUGAUGAUAGACAGAAACAUCCAUCAUUUUGUGAUUUACUCAUAAUUGUAGAAGGAAAAGAAUUUAGUGCUCAUAAGGUUGUUGUGGCUGUUGGGAGUAGUUAUUUUCAUGCCUGUUUGAGCAAAAAUCCAAGCACCGAUGUUGUCACAUUAGAUCAUGUAACUCAUUCUGUCUUCCAACAUUUGCUUGAGUUUCUUUACACUUCUGAGUUUUUUGUUUAUAAAAAUGAAAUUCCAUUAGUGCUGGAAGCAGCAAAGUUUUUAGAUAUCAUAGAUGCAGUGAAGUUACUAAAUAAUGAAAGUGUUUCCAAUGUACAGACUGAUGUGGUAACUGAUACACCUACACCAGUAGAAACACUCAGUGAACUGACAGGUAAACUUUUAAAUAGUCAUCAGUGCACUUUCUGUGGUCGAAGUUUCUGCUACAAGAAGUCCUUAGAAAAUCAUUUGGCUAAAGCCCACCGACCCCUUUCCCUGGAACGAAAGCAUGGGUUAAAAAUGGUUGAGAAGGCCAGCUUUUCCACUAGACGCUCCACGAGAAGCCGUAAAUGUCCAGCUAAAUUUGAUAUUAGUGACAAUGAAAGCAGUGAUGCCUCUGACAGCAAUUUGGAAAAAGUCAGUUCUGACAAGGAGACAUCUGAGAAAAGUGAAUUUGAAGACAGUGAAAGUGAGUGCAAUGCGGAUGAAGAUGGUCAGGAAGAGGAAAUGUCAGGUGAAGAUUCAGAAUCUGAAGAACAAAGCGAAAAGGAUCAGAAUGAUGCUGAAGAGGGUUCUGAGGCAGUUGACUCAAUGGGGAAUAUUCCUGAAGGCUUAGCUCCAGUCAUCAUUCAGAGCAGUAGCAAAAAACUACUGCAGUGUCCCAAGUGUGACAAAAAGUUUGAUCGAAUAGGCAAAUAUGAGAGCCACACACGCGUCCACACGGGUGAGAAGCCUUUUGAAUGUGAUAUUUGUCACCAGCGCUACUCAACCAAGUCCAACCUGACAGUGCACAGAAAGAAACACUCCAGUGACACUGACUUCCAUAAGAAGGAACACAAAUGUCCCUACUGCAAUAAGCUGCAUGCAAGCAAAAAGACCUUAGCGAAGCACGUGAAGAGGUUUCAUCCAGAGAAUGUACAAGAAUUUCUUUCUAUCAAGAAGACAAAGAGUGAAGGUUGGAAAUGUGAUAUUUGUAAAAAAUCUUUCACUCGAAGACCUCACUUAGAAGAGCAUAUGAUCCUUCACUCUCAGGAUAAACCCUUCAAAUGUACCUACUGUGAGGAGCAUUUUAAAUCCCGGUUUGCAAGACUGAAACAUCAAGAAAAAUUCCAUCUCGGGCCUUUUCCUUGCGAUAUUUGUGGCCGCCAGUUUAAUGACACAGGGAAUCUGAAACGCCACAUAGAAUGUACUCAUGGGGGAAAGAGAAAAUGGACGUGUUUCAUCUGUGGGAAAUCCGUCAGGGAACGAACAACUUUGAAAGAACAUCUGAGAAUUCACAGUGGAGAGAAACCUCAUCUUUGCAGUAUUUGUGGGCAGAGUUUUCGUCAUGGAAGCUCUUACAGACUUCAUCUAAGAGUGCAUCAUGAUGACAAGAGAUAUGAAUGUGAAGAAUGUGGGAAAACGUUUAUUCGGCAUGACCAUCUGACAAAACACAAAAAAAUACAUUCAGGUGAAAAAGCACAUCAGUGUGAGGAAUGUGGAAAAUGUUUUGGCCGUCGAGAUCACCUUACUGUUCAUUAUAAAAGUGUUCAUCUAGGAGAAAAAGUUUGGCAGAAAUAUAAAGCAACUUUUCACCAGUGUGAAGUCUGUAAGAAAGUUUUUAAAGGGAAAUCAAGUUUGGAAAUGCAUUUUAGGACACAUUCAGGUGAGAAGCCCUACAAAUGUCAGAUCUGUAACCAGUCUUUCAGAAUUAAGAAGACAUUAACCAAACACAUGGUUAUUCACUCAGAUGCUCGACCUUUUAACUGCCAACACUGCAAUGCAACAUUUAAACGAAAAGACAAGCUGAAGUAUCAUAUUGAUCACGUUCAUGGAUCUAAGGCUGCAGAAGAGGCAUUGGCAUCUUCUCCAGAAGAAAAGCUAGUCUCCUUACCAUUGCAGUACACCUCUGAUGACAAAGUUUACCAAACUGAGGCUAAACAGUAUGUCGAACAAUCCAAAGCAUACGAAUCAGAAGCCAAAACUUUGCUGCAGAAUGUAUCUCCAGAAGUGUGUGUGCCUGUGACUCUGGUCCCUGUUCCCAUGCCAGACCCCCAGGCAGAGCUGGUGCAGCACGGCUCUCAGUCCCAUGGCAUCCUUCCCCCGCAGCCAGAGCAGCCAGAUUAUCAGCGAGCAACAGAGCUCUCCUUCCUCGAGAAAUACACCUUGACUCCACAGCCUGCAAAUAUUGUUCAUCCUGUAAGGCCUGAGCAAAUGCUGGAUCCUAGAGACCAGUCAUAUCUUGGAACUUUAUUGGGGCUAGAUACAACUCCAACUGUACAGAAUAUUUCAAACAAUGAACAUUCAUGAUCAGACCAUAACAUUCCACCAAAUUUACUAAGCCAUCGGCCACCAAAAGGCUGAUAUGGCACCUAAGAUUUAUAUUUUAUAUUUUAUUUGGACUCAUUAAGUCUUCUGCAUAAUUUUGGGAAAAAAGUUUGUUUACAUGAUAUUUGAACAUUUAGGCACAUUUUGAUGCAUAUGAAAGAGUGUUUCUUUAAGAGUUUUUAAAAAUCUUAUAGAUGGUCUUUUAAAAAUAAUGCUCUGAAAUAUCUUUUAAGGAUAGUGGCUGAAAAUGUAAUUACAUAUCUGGCUAUUAAUUUAAAAAAUUGAUUGCCUUUCUGCAUCUGACUUUGAGCUAAUGUUUUAAGUGGAAUAGAAA